UGAAGACCACAUCCUGGGUCGCCCAUCGACCCGCUUUCGCAAAUACCAAGUCCUCGCCGUCGUCGUCUUCUGGAGCCUCUACCUCCGCAAAUUCAAACGACAUGGCCCUCCAGGCGUCGAUCGAUUCUCACGAUGGCUCUCCCAACGCUUCACCAUGCACCAAGCCCUCGUCGUAUCCUGCAUGGCCCUCUACGUGUCGCGGAACUUUGCAAGAGUCGUGGGCUUGGAGUCUCCAGAGCCGUUGGCGAAUCUCUACGAUAAAAAGUUCUUUAGAGCGACAUGGGUUACAACGGCGUUGGAUGCGGGUUUCUGGACAGCGAUGCAUUUGAGGCCGAAGUGGCUGAGGCAUAUUUGCGAGAUUAUGUUUACGCUGUAUUAUUUGGUUUGUGCGGAGCAAGCGGAUGAGAUGGUGAGGAGGGUGAGAGGUGAUUUACGAGUGGAUCAUUUGAGGGUUAGUUGGAAUAAACCCAAUACGCCUGUGCUCAAAUUCUUGACGAGCUUGAUGAGGCCGAGGUUGAUGAAGUAUGAGCCUAAGAAGAUCAGGAUUCACAGACCAAGGGACAGUGAUUACAAGGAGCCUAUUGAGGCGUGGUUGUAUUUCAAUGGAUCGGAUACGGAGCUGCGACGACAACGAGAGAUUGUGCUGGAUAUACCUGGAGGUGGGUUUGUGGCUAUGGAUCCUCGAUGUCACGAUGACAAGUUGAUGCACUGGGCUGGAAAGCUUGGAUGUCCGGUUUUGGCUCUCGACUACAAGAAGGCACCGGAUGAGUGCUAUCCUUACCAGCUGUAUGAGUGCUACGACGCUUACUAUCAGUUGAUCACGACCCGAGGACGGUGCAUCAAUUUAUCUGGAGAGCAUGUUCCGAAGAUCAUCAUCAGUGGAGAUAGCGCAGGCGGAAAUCUGGCUGCGGGUCUUGUACUCAUGAUUUUGGACGAGAAGUCUCAACAUUCGACCUGGCAUACAGGCUUCAUACCGAACACGCUUCCGCCCCCUGAGGCAGUGGUGCUGAUAUACCCAGCCCUUGAGCUCAAUAUCGGUAUCUGGAUGUCGGACGAACAUCUGGCUCUCAUGAAUUCGCUGAAACGCAACAAGGACGACAAACGGGUGCUUGAUCGCAAAGUCCAAGACUAUCGCCGCAUAGAUCGCACAACGCCAUACACUUCAGACGCAGAGGACUCGGACGAUACAGUGACUCCGAACCCUAGGAAGAAAUCAGUCGUGGCGGUACAGCCCGAGAAGCGAAUGAAGACUCGACUGGCCAUGAGCAGCGUCAUAUCAUACACGAACGACCGCAUCAUCAGCCCUGAGAUGCUUCGUGCCAUGAUCAUCGUCUACAUCGGCCCUCACCGAAGACCCGACUUUACAACUGAUUACUGGCUCUCACCCGUAAGAGCGCCCGAAGAACUCCUAGCGAAAUUCCCAAAGACCUUCCUCAUAUGCGGUGAACGCGACCCACUAGUGGACGACACCCAAAUCUUCGCCGGCCGCCUCCGACAAGCCAAAUUACUCGAAUUCGAACGUCAAAAAGAAGUCGGGCUCGUGAGCGAAGACGCGAAAUUCAACGACGAUGACCAUUUUAAGAAAAUCAUCGUCCCGCAAAUCAGCCAUGGUUUCCUACAAUUCGUCAGCCUUUACCACGAUGGUUGGGAAUGGAUCAACGAAUGUCGAAGAUUCAUGCAAGAGGCUUUUAUCGAAUCGUAUAACAAAGAACAACCUUCUUCUGUUGCAUCGAAUGGCGGAACGGAUUAUUUUUCGAAUCCGAGAGGAACGACGCCUUCGAGACGGGGGUCGCAUGGGUCGGAGAGUGAGAGGCCAUUGGAAAUUCCGUCCAAGUUUCGGAUGACGAAGAUUGAGAAUGGAGGGGUGGUUUCGCCGUCUGCGAAGAGGAGACAUCAUUCGAGGAAUGGGAGUGGUGGGGGGAGGUAUUCGAGUCAGGCGAAUGGGUCGUCUUCUUCUGCUUCUGCGGGUAGUGCGUCGAAUUCGAGGAGGAAUGGGAUGAGGUGGAGACGGUAUCAUCAUAUGUCUGGGGCGGUGAGUCCGAGUACGAGUCGGAGUGUUGUGAAUCGGUUGGCGAGUUCGGAGGAUUUGUUGGAGAGGAGGAUGCGUGGGAUGACGGGGCCGCUGUUGGGGGAUGUUAAAGAUGAUGAUUGAUUGAUGAAUAGGGUUUUGAUGUCUGGUGGGGAGG